AUGGCAAAUGACGACAGGAACAGGCUUUCUUCCCCUAUAAGGAACCUAUCUCAAUUCCGUAACCCAAUCUUUGCCAAACCUCUGAUACCAAGAAGUGAUAGAUCAAAGUCACAAAGAGAAUAUAUUGACCUGUUAUUACCGAAGGUUACAAAUCUACGAAACUUGAACCUGAUUGAUGUAUUAUUAAGCCAUCUUGAAACAGUUCUACUGAAAGGAUGUGUAUAUGAAGGAGAAUUACUCAGUGACUGUAUUCAAUUGCUGCCAAUUAUUUAUAGAAUACUUUUCACAUUAUCAGUAGAAUCAGUGAGUUCGCAUGUAAUUGGAGAAUCAACCCUUGAUGGAAUCCUUUCUUCAUUGCAUUCUUCCAACUCUUUGGCAUCGAAAACGAACUUGGAGUACCAACAAUCUUAUAAACCUGCACUACAUGUCAGAUCGUUAAGACUACUCAAAAACUUACAUCAACUCCUGAAACGGACAAAAGAUGGGUCUGGGUACAUUCAGCUAAAAUUAUUAUUACAAGAAUUCUUAGUAGUUAGAGAAUCAAAACGUGGUUUGAGGUUGGGAUCUAGAGUCAAUUAUGACAUCAUUCAUCAUUUUAAGGCCAUUAGCAGUCAAAUUGAUAGUGACCAAGAAGACAACAAAACAGAUGAAGAUAAGCAUCUGGAAGUAGAUGUCAUCAGUGAUUCCGAAGAUGAUGUUAAUGGUAACCUUCUUGGUAGCAGUAGUAUAAAUUCACAAUCUAACAUGACCCGGGACGUUCAUAAUUUUAAAUUCUCUAGAUUAUCACCGAAAAAGAGGCUAGCAUCUUCUCCAUCUAUUGACCAAAAUGAAGUAGAAAACGAUCCUGUGUCGCUAUUUAAUGAUAUGCCACAUCUAGACUCUAUUAGAGAACCAAGUCCUAAACGACAAAAGUCUACACCAGAGACCGAUGGAGAACUUGGUGAACUGGUUCAUAUGCAAAUUUUCGAUCAAGAUUCGUUAACUUGGGUUUUAAAUCCAAAUAAUAUUGAAUCCCACUACAAUUUCUGGAAACUUUUACAGUGGUGUUUCCAUGGAUGUCUAAUUUCAGACUCCAUAUUCCGAAACUAUAAUGGAUUACUUUCGUGGAUUAUUGAUCUUCUAAUCACAAAUUUUUUAAUUGAAAUACGAAGUGAGACAAACUUGAAGCAAUAUUUAAUUCAAGAGCAUACAAAUGAUCCCUUAAUUGCAUUUCAAGCAUCUAGGAAAAGAGUUCAAAGAGCCGUACGACUUUCAGUCCGUGAAAUGGCUACCUCGACAAGAGGUGUUCUUUUCACAAAUCUACUUCAUCAAUUGAGUCCGUCUAAAUACGAUUGGUACGAUAGGCUUAUUGAAUUUACAUUUCAAAGUUUAGGAAACCCCGGUAAAAAUGUUCCUCAACCUUGUUAUCAACGGGAAAAUUCAGUUCUAAGUAAUAACAAAAAGCUCAUGAUCGAAGUAUCAAUCCAGAAGAAUUUAUUGGAAUCAAUGAACCUUAGAUUCAAGAUAUUGAUUUUGGCCUAUUACAGAUCAUUGUUCCUCGAUUGUGAAAACGAAGCGACGGAACUGGAAGGACGCUGGAAUCUUUUAAAGCAAAUUACUUCAAAAUUACAAGAUCUGGAAUUAUUAUUUGAAUUAUUUGAACAAUUUUAUUCCCAUGCAACUUUAGUUGUUGAUAUUCCUUCAUCAAUUCAAUAUGAAUUCUUAUUUGAACUCACUAUUCUCCUUUUAAAUAAGUAUUGUGGUAAUGCAGUAUUAUCAAAGUAUAUUUCGAAGAACAUUCAAGAGAAUCAAACGCAGCAAUCCAUCAUUCCAAGCUUUCAAAUUAUUCUAGAAAUGAUAGUAGAAGAAAAUAUUUAUCUGGGUAUUGCAGGUGAUAUAAAGGAAUCGGGAUGGGAGGGCUCAUCACUGGAUUGGUUUAAGCUCAAUUUCCUUCUUGGUUGGCUACUUGAAGUUUCGUUAACCAUUUCUCAAAGAACACAGCAACUACAAACAUCUGAGAUUGACAUUCUUUGUAAGAAGGCUAAAGUGGCUGACGAAAUUCGGUUUAGUUGCAUUGCGGAAGAAUACAUUCAGAUUUCAAAGAGUGUUUUUACGUCUUUUAGCUCCAUAGUCGAAAGCUCAAUCUACAGUUAUAUUUAG